AUAUGACCACGGCCAGGGUGACCUGUAGCUUAUAUCCCAGGUGACUUUGGGCUCGAUUCGAAAAUGUUAUUUAUUUAACUCUAAAAUAUUUUUAGAACUAUAUAUCAAGGCAACAAUUUUUAUUUCAUGGCGUAGCAUGAAAACGUGCUAUAAUUUUUUUUUUUAUAAAGGCCUUUGGGAGGGGGGGGCGGUACCACGGUUGAGCCUGCGAGGCGUGAUUGAGGGCAAAGUUUCCCCGACUUUCACUUCCUGGUUUCGAGCUCACUUCUAGUCGCAACCGCUCAAAAGCGCGAGCGCAGAUUUCACCAUGAGCCACUUUGAAGUGAAGUCAAGUCUCACCAUUUCCAACUUUUACACGUUAAAAAAAAAAAUCAAUAAAAAAAAAUUAAAAAUGGCUUUUAUCUGCUCUCGACGUUUAUGAGCUAGCUCGUCCUUAUCGUAACGUAACAGAGCGUGACUUCCGGGGGGCGAACGUUCAACAUGCCCGAGUCUUCGAAGAUGAGGAAGCCCGAUGUGAAGGUGGUUCUCCUGGGCGACAUGAACGUGGGCAAGACGUCUCUUCUCCACAGGUACACGGAGAAGAAGUUCAAAGACACCAUCAGCACCGUCGGAGGGGCGUUCUUCCUCAAGCAGUGGGGACUCUACAACGUCUCCAUAUGGGACACUGCUGGCCGGGAACAGUUCCACGGCUUGGGCUCCAUGUACUGUCGCGGUGCCGCCGCUGUCAUCCUAACUUACGACGUCACCAACUGGCAGAGCCUGGCCGAGCUGGAGGAGCGCUUCCUGUCCCUGACGGACACGGCCGAUCACGACUGUAUUUACGCCGUCGUGGGCAACAAGGCCGACCUGACGGACACUAAAGCACAGCUGUCUCAGGAGACGAUGGACGCGAAUCAAACGGAAUCCGAGGAGGACAGAUCAGAUUUGCUGUCAGCUUGCCCCACGCCCCCCGCCUCGCCCGUGUCCAUCCCCAGCGUCACGUUUCCCAAGCAAGUCACCCGUGAGGACGCGUUGGCGUUCUACGGGCGGAUACUUCGCUACAAGGGCUCGGACGAGAGGACCAGCCUGCCCGCCGAGAAGAUGUGCUUCGAGACCAGCGCCAAGACCGGUUACAACGUGGACGCUCUGUUCGAGGCGCUUUUCGAUCUGGUGCUGGCCUCCAUGCUGAGAAAGAGGAACGAGAACCAGCAGUCUGCCACCGUGGACUUGGAAGUGUGCAGAGGCGGCGGCGGCGGCAAACGGAGCCGAUCGGGCUGCUGCUAGGACCCGACGAGGAAGACCCACAGGGAGACUUUUAACUUUCGACUGAGAAUGUGAAUGAACAAAGAAACCACUAGCCUUUGUCACCUUAAAACCUUCCUACUGUGAAGCAGCGUCAUUUGGUAUUUGGAAGUGUUCCAGAUGUCUGUGGACAACAAACACACUUCAGAAUCCAGAAAUGAAAUUUUCAUCAACCUCAUAGAGCCAACUGCACUAAUUGUUAUGAACUAGGUAGCACGUUACACUGUCUUUAAGAAUACUUUCAUUUGAAUAUUUCCAGGGAUCAGAUUUAAAUGUACCUUCAUUAACACAGAUUUAUAUAUAUAUAUAUAUAUAUUAUAUAUAGUGUGUAACUUGUCAAUUUGUCAAUGACCGUACAUACAUUAGUCAUGUUUAAUUUUUAAGUCAUAAUAAAGAUUUUUAUUUUG